AUGGCGUUGUUACAAACAUCGCUAAUUUGGAUUACUGGCCUCAUCGCUCUCGUCAUCUUGAUCAUUGUCGCUAUUACUUUCGUCGCAAUAUACAGUGCUCCUAGGGACCGUAGCCUGUUCGUAUCCGUAGUCACCGUUCUUGCCCUAACGUCAUUACUCGCGACUGUCUGUCUUCUACCGCUUGAUAUCGCACUUGUUUCGUCAACUACCGAUAGUACUACUGGCACCAAGAAGAAAUGGGCGAAUCCGGACACAGUAGACAAUAUACUAUUGAGUCUUAAAGUGGUUUAUUACUUGCUGUAUUCGUUGGAUGCUUUGAUGUGUCUUCUGGUUAUACCAUUUGCAUAUUUUUGGUACGAAGAGUGGGAUAUCGACUCUACAGCAGGGUCACGGAUUCGAGGCGCCUUCAAAUACACCACGGCUUUUAUACUUCUCCUGCUCGUCCUAUUCCUUGUUGGAUUCUUCAUUCCUGUCGCUGCUCAAAGAAACGGCAAAGAACAUUAUGAUCUCGACUUCUUCCGCAAACUACUUUUGGAAAACCGGGGUGAACGGGCCUUAACUUUCAUAGUCGGGGUGCUGUUGUGCCUCGGUACGGUACUAUACGUUGUCUACACAGCACCGGGUCUUGCCCUUUUCCCGGUUUCCCUCAUAAAAUCAAUUCCAGCCAUUUCUAUCACUUCAGCGGAGGAAGCCCGUAGUGCUCUCGAAUAUAACCGGGAGAGACAACGAAUCAUCGAAGCCAAGAAUGUGGGAGGGAAUGGCCUAAACACUAAAGACAGAAGGGAGCUUGAGGCUUUGCAGCGAGAAGAGAGAACCUUAACUCGAAAACAAAGGCUAGCAGACGAAGGAAAGAAUAAGUGGUGGCUCAAGGUUCGGGCAGCACUCAGGCCAUUCAAAUUACUUCUCGGGCUUCUUCUCCUCGGAGUUUCGGCUUUGCUCAUUGCAUCGAUGUUGAUCACAGGUAUCGACAAAAUUAAGUUCUCCAAAUGCGGUGCAAGAUGUGGUUACAUCCUCACCGAUGUCAACAUCUUCAACCCAAUUAAUUGGGUCUUUGUCAAAGCCUCCAAAGUAUUCCCUGUCGAUUACGUCAUCGCCCUUCUGCUUGUGCUUUUCUUCUUCACCUCGACCGUCGUCGGGCUCGCUUUUAUCGGCAUUCGUUUCCUUUGGAUUGUCAUCUUCAAGAUUCGCAGUGGUCACACAAAACCACAGGCCCUGCUUAUGGGCACAACACUACUCACACUCUCCGUCCUCGCAAUCAACUAUGGCCUGACAAUGUUUGUGGCGCCACAGUACUCACACUUUGGUGGCCAAAAGUACUGUACAUGGCCUAUGAACGAGCCAGGUGUCGUCCGUGACUGCACAAAUCACCCUGAUCAUCUCAUUCCGUGCUCUGCCGGCGCCACUGGGCCCGCAGCAGAAGUCUGCACCCCCACCGUGGUCUCAACUUUUAUCAACAGGAUCACUUUGAAUUAUCCGUUCUUUGGUAUUUUCACAUUCUGGGCGCAAUUUGCAUUCAUUGGGUUAUUCAUCAUCACGGCUUUGACAGCGUUAGUAAGAACCCCUAAGAUGAACUUCGAAGAUCAGCUAGCGGAUGAAGAUGAGGAGGAAGAAGAGAGCUUGUUGGGGGCAACUGGGAACAGGUUCGCCGGCGCAUGGGAAGAUGUUCGUGGGAGUUCUAGGCAUGGCAAUAACUACACGAUCAAUUCUCAUUGA